GGAUCGGAUUCGGCCGACCUGCGCCUCCGAGCGGAGCGACAGCCGGAGAAGGAGCUCUGCACUGCGGGUUCCCCUCUGCCGCUCACCGGGAGCCUGGAGGAACCGGCCGGGAACAAAAAGGGGUGUGUCUCAGCAGGACGGAGGGGGACGUCAUGACGCAUCAGAGCGAUGCCGUCCACGUUCUCCCAGCGCCUGUUUGGUCUUCGCGCUAAGCUGCUGCGACGCUACGAACACGGGCCGUUUGUGAGGUGUCUGUCGGGUCUGUACGGCUGUCGAUGGAGGCGCUACGAGAGGAGCGGAGGUCAGCCAGGAGAUUGCUGCUGCAGCAAGCUGGAAGGAGCCGCCUUCGCCCUGCUGGUUGUGGCUUUCUGCCUGACGCUGCUCUUCCUCUACUUCUGGGGACAAGCGGAGAACGACUACAACGACUUUGACUGGUUUAACUUUGGUCACUUGGGGUUCUGGUUUCCUUGGUCUGUGGUGCUGCUGGUCGUCUCUGCAGGCUUCUUCACCUACGUCACCGUGCUCAUGCUCCUGGCCGUGUGUUUGCUGUCUGAAGGCCAGAACCUUCAUUUGCACUGGAGCCACAAGGUUGGGAUCCUGAUCAGCCUGAUAUUCUCCAUCGCAGCCACAGCUGUCCUGUCUGACCUGUGGGGGGAGGAAUGGACGACGCUGCUGCUCUCCUUCCAGGUGACCGCGCCUUAUUUGCACCUUGGCGGCGUUUUACUGAUGACGGCACUGGCCUGGCCCAUUGCUCUGCACAUCUUUCGCAUGAAGAGCAGCGUGCGGCGGGCGCUGAUUGUGGGCCUGUACCUGGUCAUCCUGUUUACCCUCUACCUGGUGCCUCUCGGUCUGUACUCUCCUUGCAUCAAAGAGAAAGGGACCCUGGGCGCCGCUCCGGCCCUGAUCGGCCACAGGGGGGCGCCGAUGCUCGCCCCAGAAAACACGCUGAUGUCGUUUGAGAAGGCGCUGGAAGCAGGAAGUGACGGUCUGGAGACGGAUGUCGCCAUCAGUUACGAUGGCGUGCCGUUCCUUAUGCACGACCACAACCUCCAACGCACCACCAACGUCCGUGAGGUUUUCCCAAACCGGACCAACACCCCGGCCGCCAUGUUCACCUGGAGCGAGCUGGAGGGCCUGAACGCCGGGUCCUGGUUCCUCUCGCAAAAUCCAUUUGGAACAGCUGGUUCCCUGGGUGAGGAGGAGCGCCAGCGAGCAGGAAACCAGUCGGUCUGCAGCCUGCAGGACUUCCUGCAGCUCGCAGGUCAGACUCACAAGCUGGUGAUCUUUGACCUCUACCGGCCGCCCUACGGCCACCCGUACAGUAACAGCUGGAUCCAGCGCACUCUGGACGUCCUCUACAACGUGUCGUCCAUUCAGUCGUCUCAGGUGCUGUGGCUGCCCUCUGACCUCAGGUCUCUGGUCCAGCAAAUGGACCCCGACCUCCAGCAGACGUCAGGGAGCCGCCUCCCUCUAGAGGAGCUGCAGCGUAACCACAUCGUCAGGCUGAACCUGCCCUACAGCUCCAUGUCGGCCGAUCUCGUCAGUGAGUACGCAGCGGCGAACAUCAGCACCAACCUGUACGUGGUCAGCCAGCCGUGGCUCUACUCGCUGGCCUGGUGCACCGGCGUCCACUCGGUCACCACCAACGCCCCGCAGCGUCUCCGGACCCUGAACGCCCCGCUGCUCCUCAUGAGUCCAGAAGAAUACAACCUGAUGUGGAUUCUCACUGACGUCGUCUCCUCCGUGUUGGUCGUCUUCAUCUUCUAUUUUCAUAGUGUUUUUAUUUGCAGAUGGCGGGAACGGGGACUGGCUUUCUGCUCGGACAGAGAAACGACGCUGGAUAACAGCAGCUACUGCCAAAUCAAAACCGAGUUCAGCAACAUCUGGUCGGUCUCAAACUGUCAAACUGAGAAGAUGGUCAACCUGGCAACCGUGACCUCUGGACCGAGCCAACCUGGCAACCCCUCAGACCCGGUGACGGAAGAUAACGGCAUCGAUUCUGCACAAUCAUCAAGUAUCAUCAGGUUAAAUUAAACAGUGAUUUUUACCUUAAUAAAGUUAAUCUGCAGUAAAACUGUUAUUAGCUUAGAAAUGUGACUGAGACUCUGAUAUGAGCAAAGAUCAAUAAACAGUUUAAAUCUG